AUGCCUUCUGGCGACUGGUGGUGGAACAUGCAAGAAGAGCUUAACAAGGUCGAAGCUACGAAGGGCGUGACAAUCGUACCUUUGAUUGUUGCAAGCGACAAGACAAAGUUAACACUGCAGUCCGGAGACCUCGAGGCACACGCAGUCUACCUGUCGGUUGGUAAUCUCAAGGCCGACACACGGCAUUCUAACGAAAGACCUGGCUCGAUCCUACUGGCUCUUCUGCCUUGUAUCAAAGAGGGCGACGCGGAGCAGAAGAGCCGGUACUUCCAUGCAUGUCUUGAUGUAGUCUUCGAGUCCGUAAAAAGGCUGCUCUCGAGUCCGGAGUGGAGAUUCCGUGUUCUGAUGGCUGGAUGA